UACUCCGUACUUAUUCAUAUUCAAGCCUUGCCAGCCAGCUGUCAGCCAGCCCAAAGUGCCAACCAACUUUUGUGAUUGUAAAGUGAACCAACCAACAUGUUUGUUUUGGUUAGGUACCUAUAUUAGUAAGGGUGGGAUUAAAACAGAAAGACAAAAUAUUUUAGUUUAAUAUGUAUUUUAUACACAUAAUCUUUCUAAACGAAUUCUAUAGAUUACUAAACAUUUGUUAUUCAUGAUGCAUCGUAUUUUAGAACUGUACAGCGGCAUAGGGGGCAUGCAUUGCGCUUGGAAUGAUUCCAAAUUGCCAGGCGAAAUAAUAACAGCUGUUGAUAUCAAUACUGUGGCUAAUGAAGUUUACACCUACAAUUUUCCCAAAACGAAUUUAAUAACUAGGAAUAUUCAAGCCCUGACCUUAUCAGAACUUAAGGGUUAUAAUGUAAAUACUAUCUUAAUGUCCCCACCAUGCCAGCCUUUCACAAGAAAUGGCAAGUUCCUUGAUCAUAAUGAUCCAAGAACAAAUUCGUUUUUGUAUUUAAUUGGCAUCCUAAGUGAAUUAGACACAGUUGAAUAUAUUUUAAUGGAAAAUGUAAAGGGUUUUGAGAACUCCACUGUGAGGAAUUUCUUUAUUGAGAAGCUCGAAGAGAUUAAAUUUGAUUAUCAAGAAUUUCUUUUAUGCCCAUCUUCUGUUGGUAUACCAAAUAAACGUUUGAGAUACUAUUGCAUUGCUAGAAGAACUGAUGCUUUAUGGAAUUUCAAGAGAAAAGGAGAACUUAUAACCCAACUUCCACAGGAAUUUGGAAAACCAUAUGCAUUGGAUGAUAUUUUAGAAACUGUUGUGCCUGAAACAUUCUUAGUUAAAGACAAAUUCUUACGAAAGGGGAAUGUAUUUGAUGUUUGUCACAAAGAGUCCAGCAGAACAUGCUGUUUUACAAAAGCAUAUACUCAUUAUGUUGAUGGUACUGGAUCAGUGUUCACCGAGGCAGGUCCAGAAGCAAUAGAGAAUUGUUUUAAAAUGGCAAAUAUGCAUGAGUAUGGUAGUGAAGAGUAUGUGAAAUGCUUACAAACAUUAAAAUUACGUUACUUCACCCCCAAGGAAGUUCUAGCAUUAAUGGCAUUCCCGAAAAACUAUGCCUUUCCAGAUAAUAUCACUAUGAAACAGUGUUACAGGUUAUUAGGGAAUAGUGUCAAUGUUAAAGUUAUUUCAGAGUUAUUAAAAAUACUUUUUGAUUAAUAAAUA